AUGAAGCUUUUGUCUUCUUGGGUUGUGGCUGCUUUGGCGGCGCAGGCUGCAGGUGCUGCUAUAAGUCAUAAGUUGGAUGGCUUCACCAUCCGGGAGCAUGCGGAUCCCACGAAACGGGCCCUGCUACAGAAAUAUGUGACCUGGGACGAGCACUCGAUAUUCGUUAAUGGCGAACGGUUGAUGAUUUUCAGUGGUGAAGUCCACCCAUAUCGUCUGCCUGUCGCCUCCCUGUACAUUGAUAUCUUUGAGAAGGUCAAGGCCCUGGGAUUCAAUUGCGUGUCCUUCUACGUCGAUUGGGCUUUGUUGGAGGGCAACCCGGGCCACUACUCUGCCGAGGGCAUCUUUGACCUCCAGCCCUUCUUCGAUGCGGCCAAGGAGGCUGGUAUUUACUUGCUGGCUCGGCCUGGUCCUUAUAUCAAUGCCGAGGUUUCUGGUGGUGGCUUCCCUGGUUGGCUGCAGCGAGUCGACGGCAUUCUGCGGACUAGUGAUGAGGCAUACUUGAAGGCGACCGAUAACUACGCCUCCAACAUCGCUGCAACAAUUGCCAAGGCACAGAUCACCAAUGGUGGACCAAUCAUUCUGUACCAGCCCGAGAACGAGUACUCCGGUGCUUGCUGUGGCUACAAUGACUUCCCGGACGGUUCCUACAUGCAAUACAUUGAAGAUCACGCUCGUGAUGCCGGAAUCGUCGUUCCUUUCAUCAGCAACGAUGCCUGGGCUGCUGGCCACAAUGCUCCCGGGACUGGUAAGGGCGCGGUCGAUAUUUAUGGUCACGACAGUUAUCCUCUGGGCUUCGAUUGCGCCAAUCCUUCGACUUGGCCGAGUGGCAAUCUUCCUACCUACUUCCACAGUAGUCAUGAAGAACAGAGCCCUUCGACCCCGUACUCUCUGGUCGAGUUCCAAGGUGGAGCGUUUGACCCCUGGGGUGGAGUUGGGUUCGCCAAGUGUGCUGCUCUUCUGAACCAUGAGUUUGAGAGAGUCUUCUACAAGAAUGACUUCAGUUUUGGUGUUGCUUUCCUGAACCUGUACAUGAUUUUCGGUGGCACCAACUGGGGUAACUUGGGCCAUCCUGGUGGCUACACCUCGUAUGACUAUGGCUCUGCUAUCUCCGAGUCGCGUAACAUCACCCGUGAGAAGUACAGCGAGCUGAAGCUGCUCGGAAACUUUGCCAAGGUGUCCCCGGGCUACCUUGUGGCCAAACCUGGCGACCUGUCCACUUCUACGUAUACCAACACUGCCGAUCUGACUGUGACACCUCUGCUUGGAAGCAACAGCUCUGCUUCUUCGUUCUUUGUGAUUCGUCACUCUGACUACUCUAGUCAGGCCUCGGUCGACUACAAGCUCACCGUCCCGACCAGUGCUGGAAAUCUGACUAUCCCUCAACUUGGUGGAAGCCUUACUCUUAGUGGUCGUGACUCUAAGAUUCACGUUACUGACUACGAUGUGGCCGGUACUAACAUCCUCUACUCCACUGCCGAGGUCUUCACCUGGAAGAAGUUCAACAACGAUAAGGUUCUUGUUCUGUAUGGUGGCCCUGGCGAGCACCACGAGUUCGCAGUCUCCGGCGCGUCAAGCAGCUCUGUUGUCGAGGGAUCUUCUUCGGGUAUUUCCUCGAAGAAGGUUGGCAAGGCACUCGUCAUCGCUUGGGAUGUCUCGACUACUCGUCGCAUCGUCCAGGUUGGAAACUUGAAGGUCUUCCUUCUUGACCGAAACUCUGCCUACAAUUACUGGGUGCCCCAGGUCCCCACUAAGGGCACAGCUCCCGGUUACAGCAACCAGGAGACUACCGCUUCGUCUAUUAUUGUCAAGGCUGGCUAUCUCGUUCGGAGUGCCUACCUUGACGGCAAAGACCUGCACAUCCAGGCUGACUUCAACGCUACUACUCCCAUUGAGGUGGUUGGCGCCCCAUCUAGUGCCAAGAACCUGGUCAUCAACGGCAAGAAGACCCAAACCAAGGUUGACAAGAACGGUAUUUGGUCAGCAAGCGUUGCGUACACCGCACCAAAGGUCCAACUUCCCAGCCUCAAGAGCCUGAAGUGGAAGUCCAUUGACACCCUCCCCGAGGCCAAGAACACUUACGAUGACUCUGCCUGGACUUCGGCCGAUCACGCCUACACCAACAACAGCGCCCAUUCGCUCAAGACUCCUACUUCCCUUUUCGCGUCCGACUACGGAUACCACACCGGUGCUCUUCUUUUCCGAGGCCACUUCACCGCCAAUGGUAAGGAGAAGACCUUCUUUGUUCAGACCAAGGGAGGUGCCGCAUAUGGCCACUCGAUCUGGAUCAACGAGACCUACGUUGGCUCCUGGGCUGGAACCAGCGUUAAUGACAACUACAAUGCCACGUACACCCUCCCUACUCUGCAGUCUGGCAAGAACUACGUCUUCACCGUUGUUAUCGACAACAUGGGUCUGGAUGAGGACUGGACCAUCGGUUCAGAGGAUAUGAAAAACCCACGCGGAAUCAUCCAGUACUCUCUUUCCGGUCAAGAGGCCAGCGCCAUCUCCUGGAAGCUGACCGGUAACCUGGGCGGCGAGAACUACCGCGACACUGUCCGCGGCCCUCUAAACGAGGGCGGCUUGUACGCCGAACGCCAGGGCUUCCACCAACCCCAGCCACCUACCCAGAAAUGGGACUCCAGCAGCCCAUUCACCGGCCUCACCAAGCCAGGAAUCCGCUUCUACAGUACCAGCUUUGAUCUCGACCUGCCUUCGGGCUACGAUAUCCCGCUGUACUUCAACUUCGGCAAUAGCACCUCUACUCCGGCUGCGUACCGUCUCCAAUUGUAUGUGAACGGAUACCAGUAUGGCAAGUAUGUGAACAACAUUGGUCCUCAGACUAGCUUCCCUGUUCCUGAGGGUAUCCUGAACUACCAUGGUACGAACUGGCUUGCGUUGAGCCUGUGGGCCCAGGGGGAUAGUGGUGCCAAGCUGGAUAGCUUCGAGUUGAUUAAUACUACUCCUAUACUCACCUCGCUGGGUGAGGUCAAGUCUGUGAACCAGCCGAAGUACCAGGCAAGAAAGGGGGCCUUCUAG